UUAAACCGGAAAAGUACAAGAGAGUCUUUUAUGUUCUUCUUCCCCGUCUGGUCUCGCUAGGGUUUACGGCGCUGCAAAAUUGCGAAAGAAAUCCCAAACCUUAGACAGCGGCAAUGUCUUCGUCGAAAGAAGCGGACCCAACGCUGGGUUACCUGACGCGGAAGGAUACGGAGGUGAAGCUCCCGCGUCCAACGAGGGUGAAGAACAAAACCCCCGCUCCCAUUCAAAUCACCGCAGAGCAGAUUCUGCGGGAGGCUCGCGAGCGCCAAGAGGCCGAGAUCCGGCCUCCGAAGCAGAAGAUCACCGACCCCACCGAGCUCGGCGAGUACCGCCUCCGCAAGCGCAAGGAGUUCGAAGACCUAAUCCGCCGCGUGCGAUGGAACAUCGGCGUCUGGAUCAAGUACGCGCAGUGGGAGGAGUCGCAGAAGGACUUCAAACGCGCGCGUUCCGUCUGGGAGCGCGCCCUGGAGGUCGAUUACAAGAACCACACGCUCUGGCUCAAGUACGCGGAGGUGGAGAUGAAGAACAAGUUCAUAAACCACGCGAGGAACGUGUGGGACCGCGCCGUCACGCUCUUGCCGCGCGUGGAUCAGCUAUGGUACAAGUACAUUCACAUGGAGGAGAUGCUCGGCAAUGUCGCCGGCGCGAGGCAGGUUUUCGAGCGGUGGAUGAAGUGGACCCCUGACCAGCAGGGAUGGCUCUCUUACAUCAAGUUUGAGCUUCGGUACAAUGAAAUUGAGCGCGCUAGAGGCAUUUUCGAGCGCUUUGUUCAGUGCCACCCUAGGGUUGGGGCUUGGAUUCGCUACGCGAAGUUCGAGAUGAAGAACGGCGAGGUUGCCAGGGCGAGGAACGUUUACGAGAGAGCGGUGGAUAAGCUCUCCGACGAUGAGGAGGCUGAGAUGUUGUUUGUUGCAUUUGCUGAGUUUGAGGAGAGGUGUAAGGAGACUGAGCGUGCUAGAGCUAUCUACAAGUUUGCUCUUGAUCACAUUCCCAAGGGAAGAGCGGAAGACUUGUAUCGCAAGUUUGUGGCCUUUGAGAAGCAGUAUGGGGACAGAGAAGGUAUUGAGGAUGCCAUUGUUGGGAAGAGAAGGUUUCAGUAUGAGGAUGAAGUGAAGAAGAAUCCGUUGAAUUAUGAUUCCUGCUUUGACUACAUAAGGUUGGAAGAGAGCGUUGGGGAUAAGGAAAGGAUUAGGGAGGUUUAUGAGAGGGCUAUAGCCAAUGUUCCUCCGGCGGAGGAGAAGCGCUACUGGCAGCGCUAUAUCUAUUUGUGGAUUAAUUAUGCACUCUAUGAAGAGCUUGAUGCUGGAGAUGCAGAACGAACUAGGGACGUAUACAGGGAGUGUCUCAACCAGAUACCUCACCAGAAGUUCUCGUUUGCAAAGAUAUGGCUUCUAGCAGCGCAGUUUGAAAUACGUCAGCUGAAUCUCCAGGCUGCUCGUCAAAUAUUAGGAAAUGCCAUUGGAAAGGCUCCUAAAGAUAAGAUUUUUAAGAAGUAUAUAGAGAUAGAACUGCAGCUUGGUAAUAUAGAUCGGUGCAGAAAACUUUAUGAAAAAUAUCUGGAGUGGUCUCCUGAAAAUUGUUAUGCAUGGAGUAAGUAUGCUGAAUUGGAGAGAUCUUUAUCUGAGACUGAUCGGGCAAGAGGAAUUUUUGAGCUUGCAAUUGCCCAACCAGCAUUGGACAUGCCUGAACUGUUGUGGAAGGCAUACAUUGACUUUGAGACUGCUGAGGGAGAAUUUGAGAGAGCAAGAGCACUUUAUGAAAGGCUUCUUGAUCGAACAAAGCACUUGAAGGUAUGGAUAAGCUACGCAGAAUUUGAGGCAACGGCUAUGGAUAUGGACAGUGCAGACUUAGACGAACAUGAACAAAAGAAGCAAUGUAUUCAGCAUGCUAGAAGGGUGUUUGAGAAAGCUCUUACAUACUUUAGAUCAUCAGCUCCAGAUUUGAAAGAAGAAAGGGCAAUGCUAUUGGAGAAAUGGCUCAACAUGGAGGCUUCGUCUGGAGAACUGGGUGAUGUUAGCUUAGUCCAGUCUAAGCUGCCCAAGAAGCUCAAGAAGAGAAGGCAAGUUGCCACUGAAGACGGUUCUACUAGAAUUGAAGAAUUCAUCGACUAUUUAUUCCCAGAGGAAACCCAGACAACAAAUCUCAAGAUCUUGGAAGCUGCUUACAAAUGGAAAAGGCAAAAAUUGUCUUCUGAUGAUGAUUAACAAUAUCUUGUAGCUGCUAUACCUUUAGCAUGUGUAUAUAUCGGCAAGGUUUUAUUGUUGUAUAACCGGCAAAAACAGUAGCUUCUACAGCCAAGUCAAUCACGGGCUUUUAUAGUUUGUGACAGACACAUUUGAGGAACAUUUGUCUUGCAACCGAGAUGGCCAAAAUUUUUAUUGGGAGAAUGUUGGAAAACAUAUUUAAAACAAAAAUGAUAAUUGAAACUCUUAAACUAACUGUUUUUUUUUGUUUUACAACAGUAACAAAAAAAAAAUAAUAGUGAAGUUAUUUGUUUUAAAAUGUACGGUAAGCCAUAGUGCUUAUCUGAUUUGUCAGGGUAGUGAUUCUUCUGUCAUGCUGUCGAGUGAGAUAGAUCAAGCAUGGAAUGUCAUUGGCUUUCUCUCUUCAUUCUCAUUCAAUGAUCAUUUAACUACUUUGGAUUCUUUUGAUUUGCUCUGAACGGAUGACCAAUUGGCAUAAUAAUUGUUAAUAAGGUGCAAAAAGUUAUAUGUAAUCUAUU